AUUUCUCUAUUCUGCUGCCGUCUAGCGCACUCUCUUUAACACCUUCAAAUUAUAUAGACUAACGCAAGCAGUUCGUGUUUUCGAAGUCAUAUCUUGGUGGUGCAAUGAAAAUCGAAAGUAAGAUAAAGUGUUUUUUCCUCGUAUUUGGAAUGGUUUAUUUUUUGGAAUCUAUAGGUGGAUUUUACAUGACCAGUGCCAUCGUUUUCAUAGAAAAGCAGUUUCAAAUACCUUCACGACUUAGCGGUACAAUGGUCUCUGCUGGGGAUUUUGCCUACAUACCUGUUGUUAUUUUCACUAGCUAUUUCGGUGGAAAGGGUAAUCGCGCCCGCUGGAUUGGUGGUGGUUGUAUAUUGAUAGCGAUUGCUAAUUUGUUGAUCAGUUCCUCAAAUUUUCUUUUCCCAGCACAGGAAUUGCACGUGAAUAACAGUAACAUUCCGCGCUCCUUAACUUACGAAGUCAACAGAUUUAUACUGAAUGACUCUGUUGAUUUCAACUGGUUCUCUGAGACUUUGAAAGAGGUUGAUCUCAACGAUACCGUCUUCACCGCAAAAGCUGGCUCGCGUCGAAGCGAUAGCCAAAAAUUCAUCAUAUAUCGCUCUUUUUGCUACAACAAUCCCCGCUCAGAAAUAUGUAGCAAGAUGGAGAGUCGUAUCUCGCAGAAGCACGCUAACAACGAAAGAGAUGUCUCUGCCGUACGAUUGCUUACAUCUCUGCCAUACUCGUUCUGUCAUAAUCUUAUAAACAAAUUGAGACAGCAACACAUCGCAGACGAAUGCAAAAAAGAGACAUCAAGUUUGGGGCCGUUUGCAAUGAUUUUCGGGGGACUAAUGCUCCUUGGAGUUGGGAGAACAAUGCCGUUCUCAUUGGGUCUGCCACUAAUGGAUGACAACGUCAGAAAGAACAACCUUCCACUAUUUUUUGCUUCCAUGUUCUUCGUGAGAAUUCUUGGGCCAGUUAUUGGUUUAUUAGUCGGAAGCAAGCUGAACGAGAUUUACUAUACAUUUGAUCCUCCACAAGGGCUCACUCCAUUGGAUCCUAUGUGGAUCGGCUGCUGGUGGCUAGGAUUUCUCAUCUUUGGUGCACUUCUGUUUUUCCCUUCUCUUGCAUUGUUUCUUUUCCCUUCGGAUAAACUUGAUAAGGAGGAGAUCACAAAAGCCAUAACUCGCGAAAAAAGCAAUCGCAGUAAUGAUGAUCCUAUUGCGAAGCCAAGAAAGAGACUGAAUCUACGCGACAAGCACUUGAAAGUGCACGAAGACAUCACUGCCAAAGAAAGAAUCACAGAAUUCCUCGGACUUAUUCGAAACCUUUUUCAAAAUCCCAUCUACGUAGGCGCCGUGUUGGGAAGGGUCGUCGAAGUAUUGGCAUUGAAAGGGUUCUUUGUUUUCCUUGGAAAGUACCUUGAAAUUCAAUUUGGUGUACCACAAUACAGGAUACAAAAAUUCAGAGCCGCAGUCGGUGUCGUGAGCUUUGCUAUUGGUGUGAUCAUAGGCAGUGUAUGCAUGAGGAAAUUUCGCCUUCAGGGUAGAAAGGCAGCUGUAUGGGUUGCUUUCUGUUCAUUCGUAUCCGCCUUGAUUCCGUUACUGAAUGCCUUCAUAGGAUGCAAGUCUGUGAUUGGAGAAAUCGGAAAACAAGGAAUAGCAAGCAACUUUUCCUUCCCACCAUGCCGACCGGACUGUCUGUGCGACGGGAUGCCAUUCUAUCCAGUUUGCAAUGACAAAGGAGAUAUCUUCUAUUCGCCUUGUCAAGCGGGAUGCCCACUCAGUGGAGCUAAUUUCAGCAUCUUUAGCAAGAUGGAUAAGGGAAAAUCUCUGGUAUUUACAGAGUGUGAGUGCGCCGGUAGCGGCACUUUAGCUGUAAGCAGGGAUUACUGUCCUGUCGAGCACUGUAACAGCCAGUUCUACAGAUAUUUCUUUAACGAAGCGCUCGGUUCAGUGUUUGCUGGCUUAUCCGUAGUGCCAGGAAUUUUGAUAGUUCUGAGGUCUGUACCUCCACAGCAUCGUAGCAUUUCCCUAGGCAUCAGUGGCUUCCUUGUCAGCUUGUUAGCAACAUUACCGUCUCCUGUAUUCUGGGGUAAGAUAUACGAUACGACCUGCCUAAUGUGGCAGAAAUCAUGCAGCAAGACUGGAGCAUGUCCAAUUUAUGAUACUGAUGAGCUGCGAUUACGAGUUCACUUCAUUUACGCUGCUUUACGGAUGCUUUCGCUGGUCUUCGACAUCUGGGUUGUGUAUUGGGCCAAAGGCCUCAAAAUAAUUGACGAGGAGGGAGAGGAAAGAGAUGGUAAAGAUAUACGUGAACUUCAACCACUGAAUGAAGAAGCAGACUCGAAGCUUGGAUCUGAAUCUCUAGAAGUGGAAGAAUAAUAGAAGAUUGAUGUAAUAAAUAUUCUAAAGCG